AUGGAGCUCGGCCAGGCCUUCAUGAUCGCGCUGUUCACCCUCCUCGCCCUCAAUGCAACAAUCAUGUACUUCUUCUUCUACAAAGACGCGCCUUCCACCCCCCCUCAACAACCCCAACAAACUCAACAAUCCCUCCCGCCGCCCACCGAGAUCCUCUCCCUGCGGAUCUAUCCCAUAAAGUCCUGCCGAGGCUUCUCAGUCCCCUCCGCGCGCCUUUUAAAAACCGGCCUAGAUCUCGACCGCAACUGGAUGUUCAUCGACGCCUCGAAGCGCAAAUUUCUCACGAUCCGCCAGCUGUCGAAGAUGACGCUGAUCGACACCGCCCUGUCGCCAGACGACGAGUUGAUUGUCAGCAUCCGCACCGAACCCAAGGCCCGCAUAUCUAUCCCCGCACACCCCUCGCGGGACUGGCUGGAGGCCAACACCACGCUGAGGAGCGCGGAUAUCUGGGGCACGGAGACGGACGCCUGGGAGUACGCCCCCAGCCUCACGGCACCGUUCUCGGAGUUCUUUCACAAGGAUGUUCGGCUGGUGUAUAAGGGCCCCACGCCCCGGGUUUUGAAGGGUAAUGGGGCGCCGGAACAUCUGGGCCGCACGGAGGCGACCAAGUUCGCGGACCUGGCGCCUGUGCAGGUGAGCAGCAUGGCGAGCAUGGAGGAGCUGAAUGGGAGACUCAAGGCCGCGGGCGAGGACGAAAUCAGCAUCGAGCGCUUCAGGCCGAACAUCGUUGUGCGAGGUUCCGUGCCUUGGGCGGAGGACAGCUGGAAGACAUUGCGGAUCGGCUCAGGGGACUCCGGCCCCGAGGCAGAGAAGCCGGGGAAGGAAGGUGGGCUGGUGCUGGACGUCGCGGCGCGGUGUGCGCGGUGUCAGGUUCCGAAUGUGGAUCCGGACACGGCGGUGAAACAUAAGCGGCAGCCGUGGGAUAUGCUGAUGAAGUAUCGGGUCGUGGAUGAGGGAAUUACGUAUAAGCCGUGCUUUGGCAUGCUGUGUGUGCCGAGGGAGGAGGGGACGAUUGAGGUUGGUAUGAGCUUGGAGGUUACGGAGUUGACGGAGGAUCAUAAGUAUAUUAAGGGGAUGUGA